AUGCAGAUGAGCGAGUUUGGGGUCGGCGGCGUCGAGCGGGCCGGGAGAGCCGGGAGGGGCGUCCCCAAUGGGUGCGCUGGAGGCGGGGAUAUGCAGAUGAGCGGGUGUGGCGCCGGGAGGGGCGUCCAAUGGGAGCGCGGGAGGCGGGGCUAUGCAGAUGAGAGGGUGGGGCCGGGAGGGGCGUCCAAUAGGAGCGGGCGGGAGGCGGGGCUAUGCAGGCGAGCAGCGGCCGCAGCGGCCGGCGGAGCGUCGUUCUCGGCGGCCGAGGUGCGGCGGCGCUGCCUGUCCGGAGCCUGCUGGGUGCGGCGCGGCUCCCGCCUCUACGACCUGAGCGGCUUCGUGCGCAGGCACCCGGGCGGGGAGCAGCUGCUGCGGGCCCGCGCCGGACGCGACGUCGGCGCCGACCUGGACGGGCCCCCGCACCGCCACUCCCGCAACGCCCGCCGCUGGCUGGAGCAGUACUACGUCGGGGAGCUGACGGGCCCGGACCAGAGUCCAGAAGAGAAGGGAUCCGCUACCCAUUCCGGGGCUGCCAAGAGAGAUCCCAGGAUGGACCCGAGGUGCAGAGUGGUGGACCUGGAGAAGGACCUGGUGGACUGGCACAAACCCCUGCUGUGGCAGGUGGGUCACCUCGGGGAGAAGUACGAUGAGUGGGUGCACCAGCCCGUGGACAGGCCCAUCCGCCUCUUCCAUUCUGACCUCGUGGAAGCCUGUUCCAAAACUGCCUGGUACAUGGUCCUGGUCGUGUGGGUCCCGCUGGUGUUGUACUUCAGCUGGCUCUGCUUCAGCUUGCUCGCUCAGGAGAACGUCCGGCUCUUCACGACCUUCACCUCAGAGUACUCCAUCCCCAUUCACAAGUACGUGUUCCCGCUGUUCUUUGCCCUCGGGAUGUUCCUAUGGACCAUGGUGGAGUAUCUCAUUCACCGCUUCCUGUUCCACAUGAAGCCUCCCGCCAGCAACUAUUAUCUCAUCACGCUGCACUUCCUCAUGCAUGGCCAGCACCACAAGUCACCCUACGAUGGCUCCCGCCUGGUGUUCCCUCCGGUGCCCGCUUCUCUAGUGAUCGGGGCCUUCUACUUGUUGCUCCACUUCAUCCUGCCUGAGGCGGUCGGGGGCUCUAUCUUCGCUGGAGGCCUGUUCGGCUACAUCAUCUACGACAUGAUGCAUUACUACAUGCACUUUGGCUCACCCCGCAAGGGCUCCUACCUGUAUGGACUAAAGGCCUAUCAUGUCAAGCACCACUUUGAGCACCAAAAGUCAGGGUUUGGCAUCUCCACCAAGUUCUGGGACCAUUCCUUCCACACCCUCAUCCCAGAGGAAACCUUCGAGAAGGAGCAAUAACACCACCUCAUCCCUUCAGUUCGCCGGUCGGGCCAGCUCAUCUCCAGUGCCGCUCCAACCUUCCCGAUCUCUCCGCCUCCCCUCCCUCCCUCCCCCCCCCCCCCCCCCAGGGCGGGACUCCGGAGGAUGCCACCCGGCCGGACAGGAAGGGAUCUAGGGAUCCAGGAGUCUGAAAGGAGUCUGAAAGAACAGAGGAAAGAGCCAGAGCGGGAGUUGGUGCUUCUCAGGGCUGGGGGAGUCUUGACCUUGGAAAUGGGGACACACUCAGGGUUCUUCCAAGGAAUAGUUAAGGGGGCCAAGUGCCUUCGGACAGACCCCAGAAACACCUGACUCGGACACGUCAGUCCAUCAGGCCAGAGGUCCCUUUGAGUAACUCGACCCUGGAGCCCCUCAUCUCCCCUGCCCGGGGUCUCAUCCGCUCCCCGCUUCCUGUGACCAGAGCAUCGGUGGGUCGAAGGGCCAGGUGGGGCCCUGGGUAGAGAGAGUGCAGCUCCCAGAGGGGAAUGAAGGAAACAGACCCUUCAGGAGGAGUGUGAGGGUGAGAGCAGGUUGCUGGGGUCAAGCAGAGAAGCUCAGGAGCCCUGGUAGAAAAUCCCUGAUGCUGGGCGCCCUGCCAACCAUCUAAGGCAAGGGACCGAGGGGCCGGCGGCUGGUACAGGGGAGGGGGCUGUUGUUGUUGGAUUUUCAAGUGCUUUACUCCCGUAAGCGGUUCUCCUCUCUUCCCUGGAGUGCGUCUCACUGCUCUCUCUCAGGGCCUGACUGCUCAGACCCUCUCCUCCUUGGGAGAACAAAAGGGAAAGGAAGAGACUGGGUCUCUACCCCUUGUUGUCCUCAAGCAUAUGAUGGGCUCCCGUUGACCGGGCAGAGAGAAGCUCCCUUUGUGCCGUAGGCCAACGGCCUGGGGUGGAGAUUGGCUCCCUUGGGCUCCUCUGUCCCAUCCAUAUUCUGAAACGUCCACCGCAAGUGCCUACGGCCAAGCCAAAUAGCUCCCUGCCUGAGCCCCGCCCUGGCACCGCAAGGACUCUGGCAUUCGUUCAGGAAGAACCUGCCCUGCAGAGGGCCGGAGUCCGGACGUUAGGGCCGAAGAGCUUUGAGGAAGACCUGCUUCUUGCCUGGUCUUAGGAGGGGCUGCCCAUGGAGCGGGAGGCCGGCCAAAGAUACCAACCUGUGGUUUCCCUCUCCCAGAGCACCAACUCUAAAAAACUUCAACUUUCCUGUCUCCCCGACCCUUGCUUCACUGAGAAGCCGCCGAGGCCAGUGGAGAGAGGGAGUUCCACGAGAAUCCAGUCCGCGCAUCCCGCUCUCCCUGCCCCUGCUUCCCAUCUUCCACCUCCUGCAAGCCCUGCUGCCCACCGCCCCCACCACCUUCCACUUCCCUCAAAAACCACCUCCUGCCUCCCAUCUCCUACACAUCCUGCCCCCGCUCUAGCCGUCUCCCCCUACCUCCCCGCAACCCUGCCGCCUGAGCAAGGCUGCUUUUCCCCCAGGGCAGUGAAGUGACGGAGGCUGCUUUUCCCCCAGCUUGCCUUCUUCCCUUCCUUCCCAUCUGUGCUCAACCACUGCCGUGGCCUGGCCCUCGGGGGCUCACUGGCCUUAGCCAAAGCCUUAGCUAGACCGGAGGCUCCCUCGCAGACUGUCCCGGGGCCUAGCUGAGAACUCUUCCCGAAGUCCCCAAACCCUCAGUCCCCCAGCCUCUGGCCGGAUUUAGGAGCGAGUGGGCUGGGGAUGGGCACCUUGUCCCUCAGUGUUCCUGGUCUCUGCAGCCUCUCUUUCUCUCCCUCGCCAGACCCAGGAGACCUUCCUUGCCCUUCCCCAGCUCCUCCUAACCCAAUCUCCCUUACUGCUUUCCAGGGGGUCUUAUUUAUAAGCCUUUUAAAACCCUCCUCGCUUGGCUCAUGCCAAAGGGGGGUGAGCUGCCUCUCUCCUAACCCCCGUGUGUCAUUCUCCCAGAAAUGGUUUAUGUUUCUUCCCUCUACAAUUACUACUUGAAGCUUUUUAAAAAUCCAAUGAACGUCGAGGCUAAGAGAUGCAGCUUGGGCUGAUCCUAUGAUUCCUAGUGUUUACUGUGGUGAUAUUUAAAGGUUUUGGACAAAGUAUACAGAGCUGUAAUUGUGAAACAGAGUUGUAAAUAAAUUGUUUAUUUUGAAAAAUAAAACUGGAAAAAAAGACAGCUGUUUGGGAUCUCUUGUGGCUUGGGGUCCCUGCAAUCCCUCGUUGCCUCUGGUCCAAAGAAAGAGCACCAGGGCAAUCUCCUGGGAUUCUGUAGAAGGAGAAAUUGUUGUUCUGGACCUGGCCUAAAUUUGCUGGAUAGUCAUAUGGUAGAGAAUGUAUCUGUUUGUUGUUACAUUGUACUCUCCCAGGCGCUUAGUAUAUGUUCUGCGCACAGUAAGCACUCAAUAAAUAUGAUUGGAUGAAUGAA